AUGGCGGGGGCGCCGCGCGGCCGAGGCGGAGGCGGCGGCGGCGGCGGAGGCGGAGGCGGCGCGGGCGAGCCCGGGGGCGCCGAGCGGGCGGCCCGGCCGGGCGGCCGGCGCGGGCUGCGGGCGUGCAACGAGGAGUUCGCGUGCCCCGAGCUGGAGGCGCUGUUCCGCGGCUACACGCUGCGGCUGGAGCAGGCGGCCACGCUGAAGGCGCUGGCCGUGCUCAGCGGGCUGGCGGGCGCGCUGGCGCUGGCCGAGCUGCUGGGCGCGCCGGGGCCCGCGGCCGGCCUGGCCAGGGGCUCGCACCCGGCGCACUGCGUGCUCUUUCUGGCGCUGCUCGUGGUCACCAACGUGCGCUCGCUGCAGGUGCCCCAGCUGCAGCAGGUCGGCCAGCUGGCGCUGCUCUUCAGCCUCACCUUCGCGCUGCUCUGCUGCCCCUUCGCGCUCGGCCGCCCCGCGGGGACCCACGCCGGCGCGGCUUCGGGGCCGGCGGCCGCCGACCAGGGCGUUUGGCAGCUCCUUUUGGUCACCUUCGUGUCCUAUGCCCUGCUGCCCGUGCGCAGCCUGCUGGCCAUCGGCUUCGGGCUCGUGGUGGCCGCCUCGCACUUGCUGGUCACGGCCACCUUGGUGCCCGCCAAGCGCCCGCGUCUCUGGAGGACACUUGGUGCCAAUGCCCUGCUCUUCCUCAGUGUGAACAUGUACGGGGUGUUUGUGAGGGUCCUGGCCGAACGCUGCCAAAGGAAAGCCUUCCUGCAGGCCCGGAACUGCAUCGAAGACCGGCUGAGGCUGGAGGACGAGAAUGAGAAGCAGGAGCGGCUGCUUAUGAGCCUUCUGCCCCGGAAUGUUGCCAUGGAGAUGAAGGAGGACUUCCUGAAGCCCCCCGAGAGGAUUUUCCACAAGAUUUACAUCCAGCGGCAUGACAAUGUGAGCAUCCUCUUCGCGGACAUCGUGGGCUUCACGGGCUUGGCGUCACAGUGCACCGCGCAGGAGCUGGUGAAGCUCCUCAACGAGCUCUUCGGCAAGUUUGAUGAACUGGCCACGGAGAAUCAUUGUCGCCGGAUCAAGAUCCUCGGGGACUGUUAUUACUGCGUGUCUGGCCUCACGCAGCCCAAGACUGACCACGCCCACUGCUGCGUGGAGAUGGGCCUGGACAUGAUUGACACCAUUACGUCAGUGGCGGAGGCCACAGAGGUGGAUCUGAACAUGCGUGUGGGGCUGCACACCGGCCGGGUCCUCUGCGGGGUCCUCGGCCUGCGCAAGUGGCAGUAUGACGUGUGGUCCAACGACGUGACCCUCGCCAACGUCAUGGAGGCCGCCGGCCUGCCCGGGAAGGUCCACAUCACGAAGACGACCCUGGCGUGCUUGAACGGUGACUACGAGGUGGAGCCGGGGCACGGGCACGAGAGGAACAGUUUUCUGAAAACUCACAACAUUGAGACCUUCUUCAUCGUGCCGUCACAUCGGCGCAAGAUAUUUCCAGGGCUGAUCCUCUCUGACAUAAAGCCUGCCAAGAGGAUGAAGUUCAAAACCGUGUGCUACCUGCUGGUGCAGCUCAUGCACUGUCGGAAGAUGUUCAAGGCGGAGAUCCCCUUCUCCAACGUCAUGACCUGUGAAGAUGAUGACAAGCGGAGGGCGUUGAGAACCGCGUCUGAAAAACUCAGAAACCGCUCGUCCUUCUCUGCGAAUGUCGUCUACACCACCCCAGGCACGCGCGUCAACAGGUACAUCAGCCGCCUCCUAGAAGCCCGCCAGAUGGAGCUGGAGAUGGCGGACCUGGACUUCUUCACCCUGAAGUACAAGCAGGCUGAGCGCGAGCGCAAGUACCACCAGCUGCAGGACGAGUAUUUCACCAGUGCCGUCGUGCUCGCGCUCGUCCUGGCCGCCUUGUUCGGCCUCGUCUACCUUCUCAUCAUCCCGCAGAACAUGGUCGUCCUCCUGCUGCUGGUGUUCUGCAUCUGCUUCCUGGUGGCCUGUGUCCUGUACCUGCACAUCACCCGGGUCCAGUGUUUUCCAGGAUGCCUGACGAUCCAGAUCCGCACCGUCUUGUGUAUUUUCAUAGUGGUCCUAAUCUACUCUGUGGCCCAAGGAUGUGUGGUGAGCUGCCUGCCCUGGGCCUGGAGCUCCAGCCCCAAUGGGUCCCUGGUGGUCCUGAGGCCUGGCGGCCCGAACGCGGUGCUGCCCACCGCCCCCUGCGAGUCGGCGCCCCAUGCCCUGCUCUGUGGCCUCGUGGGCGCCCUCCCUCUGGCCGUCUUCCUGCGGGUGUCCUCCCUACCCAAAAUGAUUCUGCUCUUCGUGCUCACAGCGUCCUACAUCCUGGUCCUGGAGCUCAGCGGGUACACCAGGGCCUCGGGGGGCGGCGCGGUCUCCGGGCGCAGCUUCGAGCCGGUCGUGGCCAUCCUGCUAUUCUCGUGCACGCUGGCCCUGCACGCCCGGCAGGUGGACAUCAAGCUGCGGCUGGACUACCUCUGGGCGGCACAGGCAGAGGAGGAGAGGGACGACAUGGAGAGGGUGAAGCUGGACAACAAGAGGAUUCUCUUCAACCUCCUGCCGGCCCACGUUGCUCAGCACUUCCUCAUGUCCAACCCCCGGAACAUGGACCUGUACUACCAGUCCUACUCGCAGGUGGGUGUCAUGUUCGCCUCCAUCCCCAACUUUGACGACUUCUACAUCGAGCUGGAUGGCAACAACAUGGGGGUGGAGUGUUUGCGCCUCCUGAACGAGAUCAUCGCUGACUUUGACGAGCUCAUGGACAAAGACUUUUACAAGGACCUGGAGAAGAUCAAGACCAUCGGGAGCACCUACAUGGCUGCGGUGGGGCUAGCGCCCACAACCGGGACCAAGGCAAAGAAGUGCAUCUCCUCACACCUCAGCACGCUGGCUGACUUCGCCAUCGAGAUGUUCGACGUCUUGGAUGAAAUCAACUACCAGUCUUACAACGACUUUGUGCUCCGCGUCGGCAUCAAUGUUGGCCCCGUGGUGGCUGGGGUGAUCGGGGCUCGAAGGCCGCAGUACGACAUUUGGGGAAACACGGUCAAUGUGGCCAGUCGGAUGGACAGCACCGGCGUCCAGGGCAGAAUCCAGGUGACCGAGGAGGUUCACCGGCUGCUGCGAAGGGGCACCUACCGCUUUGUGUGCCGCGGGAAGGUCAGCGUCAAGGGCAAGGGCGAGAUGCUGACGUACUUCCUGGAAGGCCGGACCGAUGGAAAUGGCUCCCAGGCCAGGUCCCUGAAUGCAGAGCGGAAAAUGUGCGCUUACGGGCGAGCCGGCCUCCAGACCAGACUGGGCACAGGCCCGCCCCCGGUGGCCCCCAUGGCUGGCCUCCCGGUCAGAGCCGGGCUGGGGGCUCUGCAGGGCUCGGGGCUCCCCCCGGGCCCCUCUGGCCAGCACCUGCGCCCCGGAGCAGCUGGGAAGGAGGCUUAGCUGGCUGCUGGGGGCUCAGGGGCUCCAGCAGGGACCAGCCCGGCCUACAAAGGAGGGCCGGUGGCCGGCGGCUGGGCUGCGGAAGGGGUGCCGUCCAGGCGUGACCCAAAGCAGCCAGGCAGUGAUGGGCCAGGGGAGCCCUGCCCGCCUGGACGCUGAGGCUUUCAGGGGACUGUGCUCGCUUGGUCCUCUCCUCGGUGGCCGAGGAGCGGCUGCCUGGGGUCGGCCAGCUCAGCGUCUGGUGUCAGGACCUUGCGAAUAUGCUCCACGGCCGCAGGCUUCAGCUGAGCCAGAGCCGCGGAGCUGUGGCCGGCAGAGCAGGAGUGUGCCCCGAGGAGGCCCGCGGCAGCCCCGGCUGGAAGCCAGGCCUCCCGUGUGCGGCAGGGCCGGAAGGGCAGGCCCGGGGCCCAGACGGGCGGUUUGGGGAGAAGCCCCGCCGCACAGAGCGGGGCCCGCUGGCUUCCUUCGCGAGUGGUUUCUUGCCGAGACCCAGAGGCAGGUCUUCUGGAAUUCUUGGGGCCCCGAGCCACGUCUCUGUGUCCCGACCAGCAUCAUCCCUGCUCUGCCUGCCUGUCCCUGCGUUGUCCCUCGGCCCCCAAGAUGGCCUCGGCCCUACAGACCUUGGCCUCUCUCGUCGAGGGAGGAACCGAGGUCGGGGUCGCCGUGCCCCUUGCUGUCCCUGCGUCUGGGGCUCCUGCUCUCCUCACAACAGCACAAGCUUCCUGGGCGGAUGAGCCCGCACCCCGGACGUGGGAUUUCGGAGUGAGUGUGGGCUGCACCUGUGCGGAGAGUGCUGCAGUUGACUCUGGGGAGGUCUGGGGGUCUCCCACGCGCACAGGUGCAGACCGAGGACACGUGGGAUGUGCUGCUGGGGGUGCGGGGCGGCGGCUCCGGCCGCAGGAGGAGGGCAGCUUGGCACCGGCGGGCGGGGCUGGGCUCACUCUGGCUGAGCCCCCAUCGAUGUCCCCGGGCUGCUCCCAUGGUGGGCUUGUGAGGCGUGGCAUCCUCCGUGGGAGCUCAGCCCUGCCCGGCCGUGUUGCAGCCAGCCUGGGCAGCCGCGGGGCCGUGUGUGGACAGGCCAGCUGAUGCAGGACUCAGGACGGAAGUAGGUGGGCGGACGGCCUCCCUCCUGAGAAGCAGCUCUGCGCUGGGCCACUGAGUCCUUCUCAGCCUUUAGAGACGUGGCAUGAUUCCCUUCAGGGGAAACCGAGUCAUCCAGAGAGUCCUGUGAGCAUGCAGCCCGCGUGGUGAGCCUGUCUGUGCCGGGCUGCAGGGCUGAGGACCUGGCCAGGGUCCUGGUGCCCGCCUGUUGGUGGCGGCCAAGCUGCCCCUGGGUCAGGGCAGGGGGUUGGCAGACCGCACCGUGACCCCGACCCCGUGCUCUGUCGUGUGGCAAAGGGACUUCACAGACGGAAUUGAAGGUAUGGGCCUUAAGGUGGGGGCAGGAUCCUGAGCUCUCUGGGUGGACCACCUGCCCCCCUCGAAGUGGACAGAGAGGCAGGGCGGUCCAGAGGGUCCAAGCAUGAGGUAGCUGUUUAAAGAUGCGGGGACCUGACAUCAACCAUCGGGGAGAGGAACUGGUCGCCCCCGCAGACACACACCAUGGAUUCCGUGUCGACCUGGGUGAGCCGGGGGGGCGGAUGGACGCCCGUGAGACUCUCCACGGUGCCCCCAGCCCUGCUGGGCCCGGACCUGGGCUCCACACAACCAGGAGCUCCGGAGCCCUGCCAGGCGUGGCCACUGGUCGUGUCAGCGGCGGGAGGCCGUGGGACCCAAUGGCUCUGGGCCAGCCGCCAUGACCACCCACGGCGGCGCCAAGGCCCAGCUCCCACGAGCGUGCGACACUUCUGUCAUCAGCAGUCCAGACCCUACCGCCAACGAGGGUGCGGCAGCCCCCACAGCGUCCCUCGGAGGCGGGUGCACGACGUCUUCCUCUUUAUUUGUGAUGAGACUGUAUGAUCUCGCCUUAUUUAUUUUUAAUCUUGUACAGCAUUCACGGAGAAAUGUUAGCCUUUCGAGUAGGGUUCUCUCUAAAUUAUUUAAAAUGCUCUGUAAAUAGUGAACUGUUUCAGGGGACACCUGUUCACUCCCACCAAAAAUGAGAACAGCCCCCGGCCCCGUGCGAAUGCCACGCUUUACCCAGAUGUGUGACGUCCCUAAGGCACCCUGCUUGGGGAAGCCCUGGCACUGGGGGAGGGGGGUGCUGCGUGUCCCUCGUGUGCUGCUUACGCCCAACCUCAGUAGCGUAGAAGGCAGCCUCAAACUUCCAGACGCUUCCACAGACCACCAGGCCCCGGGGGCCCGCUGCACGGGGUGUGUGUGCUGCAGCAUGGAGCACCCCACAGACCAGGCCCCCCGAGCCUGCAUGUUUGUCAGACCCCAGAGCCAACAGCGCUUCCAGACCCUUUCUGUCUCCAGAAGCAAUAACUAACUCUAAACUGCGGAGACAAGCCUGGUCCAAAGCCGAUGGUGAUUCCAGCAUAAGCCAUGUGCACGAGUUUGCCCGAGUUCAACCACGCUGUGGGGGGCCCGACACUCCCACGGCCCCCCAGCCCCUCCUGCAGACCCAGCUCAGGCCCCGCGUUCUGCGGGGUUUGCUGUCGGUGCCCGGGACAUAGGAGCAGAGGGCCUGCCUCAGCCCGGUCAGUUAAGUCGCCCUCGGGGUGAGAGCAGGUCUGUGCACACCUGCGACCCUCCUAACCUGUCUCAGUGCAUCCACGGGGUGCAGUGAGCCUCGGGGCCAGGACGCCCGUCUUGCCUGGUGAGCCUGGUUGAUGUGUGGGCUCUGAGCCCCACAGGAUCCAUCCAGCCUUCAGGGGCACCAUGCGCUGGUUCCACCUGAUGGGAAUGCCAUGCUCUCGUCCCAUCAGCACCCAGAAGUAGUAUGAACCCCCUCCUUUGUCCUGCUGCUCAAGAAGGAAGGGUCCUGUGGGCCUCGCGCUUGUGCAUCCCAGACAGGUGGACCCGUCUCCAUUCCAGCAUAUGUUCCUGUGAUUCUCUGAGUCGGGGGGCCCUGUGGGCCCCUUCCUGUGUGGCAGGCUCUGCCCACAACACGCAUGCACAGGCUGCGAGGCAGGUGCUCCCUAAGUGUGCCCCUGCUGCCACGUGGGAGCCGGGCACGGGGGAUGGCGGGCGCCCCGCCACGCACCGAGCAGCCCUCUGACUCGGCGGGUCGCCGAGCCCUGCCAAUGCUUGUAAUUCUGAAGCAUGUGGGCCUAUUGGCUCCAUAGAAAGUUGCCCUGGAAACCGACUUGACCUGAUUUUGUAGUGGCUUCAAUUAAAAAAAAAAAAAAAAACGACAAAACUACAAAAGCCAAAAAUCAACUUUCUCAGAGGCAGUUGAUUUCAAAAUGUUUGGUUUGGUGAAAUGAAUAAGGGGCAGGCUGUGGCCCACUGGAAACUGGAGGGCACAGCCGUGUUACUGUGCCCGGACAUCCUGCCUCCCCAGCUGCGGUUUGCUUUGAAAGUUGCCUGGGAGUUGGAGCCCCAACACCCUCUGAGGGGAUGUGGAGACCACGUGAAAAUGUGACGUUUCCUCUCACAGUGUCUUGGGGUUUGCAUUUGCCCCCAUGAAUCUUAGGCUGGGGUGGGUUGAAGUCUGGUUCAGGGAUUGGAUUGCUUAGGGGUGGCCUGAGGACCCCCCUCCUGGACGGCAGGGUGGGGCCAGGGCAGAUGGUCAGGAAGGCUUAGUUUGGCUCAGCCUGAGGAAUAAACUCCCAGCUGUGAAUUUUGCCAAGAUGGACUUGGGAGGUGGAGGGUUGGCGCUGACAGGCAGGCCCCUGGGGAGUGGGGGGGGGGGGGUCCUUGAUUCUAUGAGAGCAUUCUACUUGGCAGCCCACAGAGCACCUUCCCCGUGUGUCACCCACCCAUUGGCCACUUACAGCCCCACGGUGUCGUGAGGGAUCCGGGGCUCAGAGACUCGAGCAAAGUCCCACAGCACCAGUGGCAGGACCAGGAUUCAUGCCAGCCUGUCUGUCCUAAGCCCUUGGUUUUCCAUCAUAGUCAGUGGCUCUUCACUGACACCGAGUUGGGUUUGAGGGAGCCCCCUAGCUGGUCUGCACCCAAGUGCCCACUGUGGUGGGGGGAUGCUGGCAGGCUGGUUGGGAGUGUUUGCCCCACAGCCUGCCCCUGCGUGUGCCCCGGGGAACUCAGAACACUGUCCUCAACAAUGGACCUCCCAAGGAUACUCCGAGUUAGCCCGAGAAGUCCCACCUUGUCUCGCUUUCCAUCCUAAACCUGUGUCGUGCCCACAGCCUGUCCUGUCUGAGAAAACACAGACCCUCCUUCAGCAGGGAGGACGGUUGCCCAUGUCUUUCUGCAUGGCCUCUCUGGCAUCAAACAGGGAGACGGGUCCCCCAGAAGCCUCCAGACCACACACGCGUCCCCAUGUCCACGGAGCCGGCUGGCCCCCGAGUCCUGGUCGGAAGGCGCGUGGCCCCGGGAGGCCGUCGGCCGAGCCUGCGUCUCUGCUCCGUCUGGCCUGGUGGCACAGCCAUCCGGCGCCUCAUGCCACGGGUGCGGUGUGGGCGGUGAACGUCCUUUCCUGCAGGUCGGGGGACGGCCCAGGGCAGGUUUCCGUGAGAACACGUGGAAGGCAGGACGGGGAUCGUGGAGGCUGGUAGGAAACCGGCAGCCUCCCGGGCCCCCGACUCCUUCGGCUCCGGGCAGCUCAGACGUCCUUCGGAAGCUCAGUUUGCAAACAGCUCGCAUCACGGGCUGAGAGCUGAGGUUUAAACAGAGAGGUUGUCCUAGACCAACGGCCGAGAGAUCUGGGUGACUCUGGGCUCCCUGACCGCGUGUGGUGUGCGGGACCAUCUGCAGGAACAGCCCCUCAGAGCGCCGUGUCCGUGGCCUCUCACUCCCCACAGCGCGGGCCACGGGCCCACCAGCAGCCAGAACUGUUUCUUGCCUCCCACCAGCAGCCCCACCCAGCCCCCGGGCCCCGGGCACGAAGCACACGUCUCAGGGGACCGUUCCCCAGUUGCAGGAUCCCGAGGAAGCCCGCUACCACCUUUGCACACUCCGGGGCGCCCGUCCCGGGAGAGCGCGUGAGGUCUCGCCUUCGCCCUGUACAAACCGUGGGCUCGCACGCACGUGCACUCUGAAUUGCAUGCCCUGAAAUCCCCACGUGUGUGAAACCCACUUUGAACUCGAAAACACGCAGCAUGCGCGGAGGGACAGGCCCGCCUUGGGCCAUCUGCCGGCUGGCCGCAGAGCGUCCCCGCGACACGGCGCAGCCUGGGGCCCCGGCCUGUGUGGCCAGCGCCUGCUGUGGUCACGCAGCGUCCCCCAGCCCGGACGCCCCUCCUCCCUGCCCGCCCCCACCCCCUGGGCCACACGAUUGCACACCACCUUGCACAAGGAAGGUAACGUAUCGAUCGCAACCCCCUUAGAGUAGCUUCCAUUCUCACCGAAGGUAAACCCAAAGCCCACCCUUGAUUUUCUUCCCUUGCUGAGAAAGGCCGUAUACGCCCCUGCACCCUUCCGUGUCCGGCUGGGUGUGGCUUUGCCGUUCGGUGGAAUGCAGGGGUGGGUGGGCGCGGGAACACGCUCUCUACCCACGCAGCUCGCUGGAGAACGGUUCUGCAGACACAGAACCAGGUGACGGGGUCAGCGCGACGGCAGCUCACGGUCACCAGGUAGCUUCUCUCGAUAGAUUUGUAUAAUCAAUACGGGUCUAUUUUUACGUCAACCCCACACUGUACCUUCCAGUCUUUUCCGAGAUUGUCCGACUGAGACAAGUCACUGAAUAAUUGGUCCUAUUUUUAUUAACCAGUGGACGGACUGAAAUGUUAACGUGAAUGUACAUUUUUCUUAAUUGCGACUUUUCUACUGAGUGUUUGCACUAUACUUUCUGGAAUCUUAUUUAACAAAAAUAAAGGAAAAAAUUGCUUG